AAGGACGUCGAUCAUGACAGCGCGCUCUUCGAUUGACUUCAGUCAACAGCGGCCAUCUUCUGGUCAUCAGGUACAGGAGCUCGGUCUCUUGAGUCUUUUCGCUUUCAAAGCUAAGGAAUUGAAUGAAUCAUACGUGCAAUUCUUCAAUGAACGGAUAGCUUUAGAGAAUCAAUACAUACAAGGUCUUAACAGACUCUACGAUUCAGCUGGCAAGAUCGACCUCGAUUUAGAUACCAAGUACGCUAUGACUUCCCUCCGUCACGUCUGGAAAGAGGUCCGUGAAGGGUUAGAUCGGGAACGACAAGCUAGAGAUUCUUUCAAACAUGCUAUUGAAGCGGACGUUAUUGAACCACUGACUGUUUUUAAGGAUACACACGAACGCACGCGUCGACGCGUAAAGGAAGAUAUCAGAUCAAGUUCAGCUGACUAUAAUGACUACAGGGAGAGGGUUAUGAAGCUGAAAAAAUCAUACGAGAAGAGAUACACCGAGCUGGAAACACACCAGCGCCAAAGUGCUGCUAUCGAAGCUCAAGCUAGGCUUUUGCAGAAUACAGCUAGUUUACACCCCAUACAGAGCAAUACAUCUACGAACUCUGAAGAGAUACCAAACUCAUCCCGACCAAUGUCACCUGAAAGUGGUCAUCAGUCUGCUGGCAAAGAAAUGAUAAAUGCAUUCAAGACAAAAGACUGGGCUAAUGGAAAGCGCCACCUAAAUAGCUUCUUUAAAAAUAUCGGUACUGCCGGUGCAAAUGACGGUGAACGCGAGAGUAAAGUGAUAGAAGAUCCUUCAACUAUCCAAUCUGGUCCUAAACCAAGUGCACUUAAGACCGCGAAAGCGAAAAGAGAGGUUGAGGAAGCCGAUCAAACUUACAGACAAGCAGUUUUCCAUUUGGAGAGUUUACGUUUACAGCGAGAACGUCUGCAAGGCGCAGCUUUUGUCAGUCUUUCUGAAUUUAUAGAGGCGUUAUCUGAUCAAAUGCGCGAACGUUUGACCUGUUACGCCGAACAUCACAUUGCUGCAGUUAAAACUCAAGAUAAUCUGUCGUACUAUGUUCGCGAUACCAUUGAAAGAAUUGAUCCUGAGAAGGAUCUCGCUCAAUUCAAGAGUACAUUACCAGAUGAUCCUGCUUCUUUGGGUAUACCACCACGUUAUCUCUACGUUGAUCAUUCAGGAGAAUCAUUCGAGCUUGUCUUUGGUGUCAAGCUUUCAGAUUUGGCCAUGACAUGCGGUACAGGCGAUAAUCCUCCACGAGUUGUAUCUCAAGCUAUAUGGGCUUUAGGACAACGUGGAGUGAAGACGGAAGGUCUUUAUAGAAUUAGUCCUCGUCAGGCAGCUGUCACAGAUCUUGUCAGACGAAUUGAGAAAGACUAUGGCAACUUUGAAAUAACAAACACUGAUGAACCACACACGAUUGCAGGCCUUUUGAAGCUUUACCUCCGUCAAUUACCUGAGCCAUUAUUCAGAUGUUCACUCGCAGAGCGCGUACAACACACAGAAUCACGUCAAAGACAAUUCGCCGAAUCAUUCCCUCUUUUGAAAUCUAAACUGAGGAAACUCUCACCAUUGGCAUUUAGCACACUUAGGAUGGUUGUUGAGCAUCUAGCAUUAGUCGCACAUUAUGAACCAUUCAAUAAAAUGAAUGCGUCUAGUUUGGCUAUCGUCUUCCAACCUGUAUUGAUGGGUGAUAUCAGCGUUGAGGAGCUACAAGGUAUGAGUGCUGCAGAUGCUCUCAAGAUGCAACAUUCUGCAUCAAAGGAUAAGACUAUGGAAGAUCUCAUUCUUUACUAUAAGACGAUAUUCGAUAAUGAGCCUUUAACUUGGGCACCACCGCCUAAAGCUGAGAAGCACGAUUUGAAGCGUUCAAACACAUUAGCAACUAAUACAAAUGAAUCGUCUAGAACGAGAUAUGCUGUUGAUUCACCAUUAAAUCGCCAUGAGUCACCACCACAAGCACCAGAUAUGUCAACAAUGAGAGCAUCUACUCAGGGAAUAUCUAAUGACUUCGGACCGAGAGGUGCUGCGGGUAUACGAGAGCAAUUUCAGGUAUUAGGUAGAAGAGCCUCACAAAUGAGAUCAUCACCAUCAAAUAGAACGUCGUCUAGACGUAGGUCAGGAUCAAAUGAGCUUGAACAACAACUUCAAGAAAUUAACCCAUCUCCACAACCGAAAUCACCUGAUAGUGGUAGCGCGAGUGGGAAAAGCAACCACCGCUAUCAUAUUUCAGAAUCAGUAUUGCCUUACGCUAGCACUAGCUCAAAUCAAUCGACAUCAUCACAGAGGAAAUUUUCAUUUAGGAGGAAUAGAAAUAGCAGCAAUCAAUCUUCGAAAUCAAACUCCAUCACACCAAAAGGCGCUGGAUAUGAUAGUGAUCAACACAAACCGCCUACAGAAGAUAUCCUGGACUCUAAUUCUAUUAUUGAAGCAUAUGAAGCCUCACCACAGAAAACUAACGUAACAUUACCACGGGAGUAGUUUAAUAGAUAGUCUGAUUUUAUUAUUAUAGCAAGCGCUUCUUCUGUUUUCUUUAUACCAUUUUCUUGUAUCUAUUCAGAUUAUAAUACAUAAUUGAUAUUCUUUUCAAACAUCUUUUCGUGAAGUAUACGUAGCUCUUAAUCGUUGAUGGAGGUAUUCGUAAGCUGUCAGAGACGUCUCUGUAGAGAGACCCUUGAUGGAUUCAACGGUGGUGUCCAUCGCAUUCACGAUCGCGUCGUCAUCGGGAUGGAAGAAGUAUGCCAAAGAUUGCCUU